GUAGUCGAGAGGCAUCGCUCAAGUAGAAAAUGUCUGUGCCCUCAGUAACUUUCAAUGAUGGUAAUAAAAUGCCCAUGUUUGGGCUGGGGACGUAUUUGUCUAAACCUGGAGAAGUCGAAGAAGCGGUAAAGUGUGCAAUACAAGUUGGAUACCGUCAUAUUGAUACUGCAUUUUUUUACGAAAAUGAAAAAGAGAUUGGCCAAGCGAUUAAGGAGAAAAUUAACGAUGGUACUGUCAAAAGAGAGGAUUUAUUCAUCACAACAAAGUUAUGGUGUAAUAGCCAUAAGGAGAGCGAAGUUGUACCUGCAUGUAAACAAUCUCUGCAAAACUUGGGGCUCGACUAUAUAGAUCUAUAUCUCAUUCAUUGGCCGUUUGCUUUUAAAUCUGGUACAGAACUUACACCAAGGAAUGCUGAAGGAAAAAUAGAGUUUGAAGAAACCGAUUAUCUGGAAACUUGGAAAGGAAUGGAGAGUUGUAAGCAACAAGGACUUGUUCGUAGUAUAGGCGUCAGCAAUUUCAAUUCCGAGCAAUUAGAAAGAUUAGUUGCUAGUGCUCAAAUAAAACCCGUUAAUAAUCAGGUAGAGGUGACGCUUAAUUUAAAUCAAAAACCGUUACUUGAGGUGUGCAAAAAACUGAAUGUGACUGUUACUGGAUUUUCUCCCCUUGGAAGACCAGGAAAUCGUUAUGGAAUUAAAAAUUUAUGGGAUGAACCAGAAAUUCAAGAGCUUGCUAAAAAGUAUAACAAAACUGGUGCCAAUAUUGCAUGCCGAUUUUUGCUUCAACGAGGAGUCACUCCAAUUCCCAAAUCUGUAACUCCGUCCAGAAUAAAAGAAAAUUUUGAUAUUUUUAAUUUUAACUUAACGCCGGAAGAGAUAACGAAAAUUGAAGCCAUGGGAACUGGAGCUAGAGUUGCGCCCUUUACAGAGGCUAAGGAUUGUACAUUCUAUCCUUUCAAGAUUCCAUUUUAAAGUUUUUUUACGAGGGAAAUUUUUUAUCUGAAUCAGUAAAUACACGAAUAAGAGAAAAAUUACAUCAAUUGAAUAUUCUGUUUAAUCAUAAAUAAUAAUGAAGUAGUGCCAUUUGAAGAAAUCUUUCUUGCUAUCAAUGUCAUAUCUAUGAUUAAUCAGCUGAUUCUUGAACUUAAACCAUGUUCGUUUACUCUUAUAAUUGAUAAAAGUUCUCGUAGAGAAGUUACUAUAAUACAAACGAGCUGCAAUAAACUGCAGUACCUGUUAAGCCAAUAAGUGUUGCUACCAAUUACAAACAAACAACAUCUCUACGACUCCAUUUUUUAUUGUUAUCAAUGGGUAUAGAAUGCUUAUGCUUGAUUCAUUUGCAAGCAAAUAAGUUGUAUUCAGAUUUAGGCUUUUUUUUGUACAAAUUGAAUUAAUUUUAAAAAUAAUAAUCGUUGAUUUUCAAAAAAAAAAUCAUAAUUAACUAUGUUACAUUAUUAAUUUCAGUGUGCGUUACUCAUUGUAAUGCAUGAACAACCAACUAUCAACAAACAUCGAAAAUUGAUAUCUUUCAAUAAUAAUAAAUCAAUUCAAUGAUAAACAGUUUUUUUCUAAAGAAUAUAGAAUUAUAGAAAAUGGUUAAAUUGAGCCGUGAUUUGAAUUGUCAAUUUAGUUUUCUGCAAUAAUUACUGAAUAUUUAUCUCAAAGCUUCAUCGCGAAUUUAAUUUUGAUGAUUUAUAGGGCGCCAAUAAGUCUUUUGGUAAAUAUAUUUAGUUGAAGAUAUUUUAAAAUAAUUAAAUUUAAAGAAAGGUUAUAUACUUGCAAUGUUUGCACAUAAAAACGUUAUUAUUGGUGAUCGUGUUAAUAAUGUUAUCACGCGGAUGAUAAUUUCAUAUCAAUGUAUUUAGAUUGAAUUUGUUUGGUAAGAAAUAUCAUUACACUUAACUAAAAAUUUUGAAUUUCACAAUUUCCUCUGUCAAUUUGUUCUUAAAUAAAAACAAUGGGAUUAAAUUUAAUUAUUCUAC